CAUUACAUAGAAAGUAGUGAAAAAAUCGCCAAAUUGUCAACACUUUACUGUAACAAUUCAAGCACUCAUCUCUCCAUAAAUGUGUGACAUGAACUCUCUGUGAACUCCCUAACAAACUCUCCCUCUCACACACAAUUCCCAAUUUUACUCUAUCUCACUGUAUUUUUUACUCUCCUUAUUUAUAUGUUUCGCUCAAUUCUCUGCUUGUGACACAACAGCACUGUGCCUGCACUGGCCACACAAAGCCAUCCUCACAUUGUAUGGCUCCAUACAAAUUUGACAGUUUUCUCAUAAGUCAGUGUCAAAGAUUGUAUUGUAUCUUUAGGUUAUACGGACCGUUGUCGUUGUCGUGUUGCCGUGCCGCCGUCGCCGUAUUUACCAGUACCGUAUUUUUAUUCCGUGGUGUGUCGUGUAUAUUUUAUGUUGCAUUCGUUUCGUUUGUCCGUUCGUGUGUUUAAUCGUUUUUUUGCCGUUGCUUCAUCAUCAGCAUUACAGCUUGUUGGUGGAUAAAUGUUUGGAUGUGGAUAGCUGUGAAAUGGCUGGCUCUGGCUAGUCCAACGAGAAAAGGAGGAUACCAACUCCAUACAGCGGCGUUUUGUGGAAAAGAAGAAUUCCGAAUUCUGGGUUUAUUCCAGUGUCACCGAAUUGAAAACGAAUAAAAAACGACAGAAAACAAAUAAUUGGAUUAAAUUGAAUUAAAAUGAAUUUGUUCGACUUCGACGAAUCAUAGAUAGAUAGUGAAUAUACUAAAAUACCAAAUAGAAUGUGAACCAUUCUUUAAUGAAAAAAAAAACAAAAAACGACAAAAAAAUAAAUGAAAUUUGUGAAAAUUAAAAACCAAGCAGAAAAAAUAUAUAUAAAAACGAAAUAAAAAAAUUUUUGUGUAUUAAAAUAAAACGACAAAAAAAAAACCUACAAUAUCUAUAAAUACCAGUUCAAGGAUUAUUAUAACAUUUAAAUAAACGGAUUUUCACUUUUGAUGUGAUAUAAUUAUUUACUUUUUGCAUGUAAAUAGUAAAAUAAAAACGUACCACACACACACACAUAGGCGGACCCCAAGUGAAGUCGUGGAGAGUCAACAAUUGAAUGGUAGAAAGGAAUGAAGUUCUACCAUAACUAAAUUGAUAAAUAGCAGCCAAGACGACAUACCUAUCUACCUAACUACAUAUGGUAACGUUUUGUCCAAAAUAAACAGAAACACAGCCAAUAAGAAAAAGAAAAAAAAACAAUUAUUGUAAAUAAACAGCGAAAUAAACAAAAAAAAAAAAUAUUGGAAAAAAGUCCCCGAGAAAUAAGAAAAACCUGGUACCAUAUGCCGCCGCAAUGGAAAUCAUCGGCAUGCACAAGAAAAUCAUGUCGUUGUUGUUUUUGGUGAUAUUGAAAAAUCAAUGUAAACAACAAUUUGAUGAUUAAAACAACAAUGUCUCCUACUGAUCGGAACAACAACACCAAGUGUAUUAACGAUCUUUGGCAGAGAAACCAACAUCAAAUAACCCGUAUAGCGGCAUUGUCAUCGGCGGCAAUGUCAAUGUGGUUUAUUCCUAACAAUAACAAAAACAACAAGAAUAAGAAUACGAAUACGAUUACCAAUACCACCGCAAACAUUACCACCAAUAACGCCAACAACAGGUCAACUUUAUCAUCAACCUCCGCGACGGCGUUUCACUGCAGUUUACCAGCGCCUUUGCUGUUCUCCUCAUCAACGCUGUUGCUCUUCCUUUUGUUGUUGGUGUGUGCUGCCACGGAUAGGUGGUGUUUGUAGAUAUCCAAACAACACCAAGAACACCCGAACACCCUAGCACACAUUUCUAAACAAAACCAAAAGAUAAACACAGAGAACGAACGCCAAGCAGGCGGGCGGGCGACCAGGCAGUCCAACAGAGACUCGAAUUGAAAAUUUCGAUUAAACACGGGGUGUUGGGUUUUUGCGUUCAUUUCCUUACAAAACUCAAGCGUGUUAACAACACAAACCAAAAAUUACGCUCUGAGCGAGUGAGCGAGCGUAUUAACGUUUUUCCGCGGAAAAUCCAAAACAAAAAAAAAAAAAAAAAAAAAAAGAAUCGAAAUACAUUUUUGAAUGUUCAGGAAAAAAAAAAACAACAACAAAAAUAAAACAAGAACAGGAUUUGUUGCAGCUUUCAAGUGAAAGAGGAGAAUUGAUGUUGGUGGUGGCAACCACACAGCUCCGUACCAAAGGAGACAAUUAAAUGAUUUCAUGUUAUCGGUUGGACAGCAUCUACAACAACAGCAACAACAACAAGCAACAAACACAGCUGCUAAUCAACAAGUAACAACAAAAACAACAACAUAAUCAACAUUGCAAUUUGGCAAACAUUGGGGCUUAAAAACAAGCAAUUGGCGCCCAACGUAAGAACUUUUGAAACCCCUUGAUAUUUUGAGAAAAAAAGCGACGCUCAUUAAAAACUAAGUGGCGCCCAACGUGUAAAGUGAAGCCACGUUAGAAUUUUCAAAAAAUUAUUAUAUAUUAAGAAGUGGCGCCCAACGUGGGAACUUUGGAAACCCCUUGCAAUUUGACAGAAAAAGUUACGCCUAUUAAAAACCAAGUGGCGCCCAACGUGUAAAGUGAAGCCACCUUACAAUUUUCAAAAAAUUUGGGCAUAUUAAGAAGUGGCGUCCAACGUGUGAACUUUUGAAAACCCUUGCAAUUUUGAGAAUAAGUGACGCCCAUUAAAAACCAAGUGGCGCCCAACGUAUAAGGCGAACUUCCCUUACAAUUUUGCAAAACAUCAGUGCUUAUUAACCAACCAAGUGGCGCCCAACGUGUAAACCGAACCCCCCUUGUGUCUCAGCCAAUGCAUCUAAUCUAAUGGAAUAUAAUGAUGGAUAUAAAAAUGAACAACAAUAGCUUUCAAAGCAUUCGGAGUAGCAACAGCAGCAACUACAUUAGCUCAACUACUAGCAGUGGUACGGGACAUAAAUCCCCACUCGAGAGAGAGGAUUUCAGGCAACAACCCUACCAAUGUCCAAAAAGACUUAACAAAAGCCGGGAAAAAUUAACAUCACACAUCUCUGCCGAGCUCUCACCUCCAUCAAGGCGAUGUCCUUCUCCUCCCGCCCAUCCUCCUCUCAAAUUAGUAACAUUAAAUGAAAUCUGUCCAAAAAAUGGCUGUACAUGUCAGUGUUUUCAGGGCGGCUUCUGUGAGCAUGGCAGUUUUGUGGCCAGCGGCCAGGAAGUUGCAACUCGUAUAGUCAGGAGGACAACGGGCAGAGAUGGAGAACAUGCGACAACAUUAAACAGCGGGAAAUGUGGCAAUAUAGAAGAAGAAGAACAACAGAGUAGGAGAACAUGUCCCACUCAGCAAAACCUGCAACACCCUGAUGAUGAAAAGGAGCAACAAGAGCCACAACGACUAGCAAAAUAUCGACUGAGUAACAGCAACUGGAACAGCAGCAGUAGUAGCAGGCCAGCACCAAGCUUGAAUAGUGGCUGUUACAACAUUUCAAAUACCACCACCAACAACAGCAUUAUUAGCCAUAAACAAGAAGAAGACGUAGCAGUGGAUUUCCAUAAAACAACAUCUGCAGCCAGUAGAGAGCCAGCGAAUUGUUGGAGUUGGUGGUGUUGGUCAAACAGGGAAAGCAAUUUGCCAUUAAGGACCCUGGGAUGUGGACAACAAGUAGGCCAUAUAACCACAACAGAAGGAGGAACAACAACAUCAUCAUCAUCAUCGUCCUUACACUCUACAAAGCUUUAUCCUGCUAAACAACAACAUGGGCAGUCCAACAAAAGCCUUAAAUGCAAAACAAAGUCACCCUCAUCGACAUCAGCAUCCUCAACUUGGCCAAAGUGCUUCUCAUCAUCAUUGUCGUCGUCCUCAUCAUCAUCAUCAUUGUCAUCGAUAACACAAGCCAUGGCCGGCAUCUACAACAACAUUAUUAGGCAUUUUGGCCUACAGCUAUGUUGUCUCCUGCUGUUACGGCUAACAAUGAUUACCAGUGCUGUGGCGGUUGGCAUGGAUGCGGCAAAUGCAAAUCUUACGGAUUUGGGUAGUCCGGGUAUGUAAAAAUGUUUUUUUCUCUUCCCCUCUCCCUCUCUUUAUCUCUAUAUAUUUUUCCUUUGACUUCACAAGAUUUACAGCAACAACAACAACAUUCCAAAAAAAAAAAACUAAAAACAAAAAUAAACCUUAAAUGAAAAUGACAUAUUAACAACAUAAUCAAGUUGCGACUUAACCCCUUCUCUUGACCAAACGUCUUCCCACCCACCC